AUGGGUUCUAAUCAAUUUAGAAUAAUUGUUGGCUCUUAUGAACACAAUUUAUUGUGUUUGUCAUUAAAUUUAGAUCUAAGCACUCCUCUAUUCACACCAAUUUUCCACUUCCAAGCACAUAUCUUAAGCAUUAAGUGCUUAGAUAUAUCGAAAAGGUACUUAGUAUCCGGUUCGAAUGAUGAGCAUAUUAAGAUUUAUGACUUGCAAAAACGUAAAGAACUGGGCACUUUACUAAAUCAUAAUGGGUCGAUCACCACUUUGAGGUUCUCUAGAAGCAAGGUCACUGAAGAAUCACCUACAGCUACUACUAAAUGGAUGCUUUCUGCUUCAGAAGAUAAUAAGAUAAUUAUUUGGAGGGUAAAAGACUGGGAGAAUUUUGCCACUCUAACAGGUCAUACUGGCAGAAUUAAUGAUUUGGAUAUUCAUCCUUCGGGCAGAGUUGCAGUCAGUGUAAGCGAAGACCAUUCUAUUAGAUUGUGGAACUUGAUGACAGCAAGAAAGGCAGCUGUGUUAAAGUUAAGGAAAUACAACCAGAACGGUCAGUUUGUUAGGUGGUGUGGCAAUGACGGCGAGUUUUUCGUCGUAGGUCUCAAGACCAAGGUACUACUCUUCAAUACUGCUACUGCUAAAGUUCAUCGUGAGAUUGACAUGGGUAAAAAAACUGUGAUGCACCUUGAAGUUGCAACUAUAGAUUCCAAAGAAUACUUCUGUAUUGGAACUAGCGAUGGUAAAGUUGAAUUUUGGGAGACAAAGAAGUUAUAUGAGGAAGUUAAGGAAGAUGAUGAGGAUACAGAACCAGAAUUCUUCUUGCAAGGACACAGCAAUCGUGUUAAAGACUUUAAAUUUUACAAGAAUGAAUUUGGGCACUAUCUUGUCACCAUUAGUUCUGACGGUAAGGUUGUUGUAUGGGACAUGGCAACUAAAGAACAAACAGCUGUUUAUGACUGCGGUGAGAGGUUGAACUGUUUGGCUGUCUGCGAUGAAAGUAUUGAAAAGUAUGAGACAGUCAGAAAGAGAACGGCCGAAGUGGCAGGAAACGAUGAGCAAAGUGAGGUUGAAGCCGAUGGUGAAGAUCUGAAGCGGAUCAUGCUUGGCAAAAAAACUAAGAAGAGCAAGAAGGCCGCCAAGGGCGCCAAGAGUAAGAAAGUUAGCAUAGAACUGGAGUAG